GCAUCCCUCCCCCCUCCUGGGUACCAGUCGGGCGCUCCCGGGCGCUGGCGGCGGAAGAGAUGGAGCCGCGUCACGAGCGCCCGGCCCCUUAAAACGCUGCUGGCUGGAGCCGCCUCCCUCCCUGCAACCCGCGGCGGGGAUGGAGUAAAGGGGGACCCGUCGACCUGCCCGCGGGGAUCCGCGAUGGAGUUAAAGCAAUCUUUAUCCACCCAUCUGGAAGCUGAGAAGCCUCUGAGGCGCUAUGGGGCGGUGGAGGAGACAGCAUGGAAAGCGGAGGGACUGGGGAGAACCCAGCUGGACAUCAUCUCCAUGGCGGAGACGACCAUGAUGCCCGAGGAGAUCGAGCUGGAGAUGGCCAAGAUCCAGCGUCUCCGGGAAGUGCUCGUCCGCCGGGAGUCUGAGCUCAGGUUCAUGAUGGAUGACAUUCAGCUCUGCAAGGACAUCAUGGACCUCAAGCAGGAGCUGCAGAACUUGGUCGCCAUCCCAGGCCGUGCUCUCUCCAGAGGCUUAGAGGAGAGUCUCCGUCUCUUCCACCAACGGAAGGUCCCGGUCAGUCCUUGGCUGACAGCGGUAUCACCCCAGCCUGCCUCUGACGUCUGCUCUUCCGAGGACCCCGGUCACUGGAGGACAGAGAGUCCGCUAAGAAGAAAAAACCAAGCUGCAGAAGCAGAGGGAGGACGAGCUCAUCCAGAAGAUCCACAGACUCGUGCAGAAGAGAGACUUCCUCGUGGACGACGCGGAGGUGGAGCGGCUAAGGGAGCAAGAAGAAGACAAGGAAAUGGCCGAUUUCCUGAGAAUCAAGUUAAAACCUCUAGACAAAGUAGCCAAAUCUCCAGCCAGCUCCCGGGCAGAGAAGAAAGCAGAGCCCCCACCUAGCAAGCCCACAGUGGCCAAGACUGGGCUGGCACUCAUCAAGGAUUGCUGCGGGGCCACCCAGUGCAACAUCAUGUAGCCCCCACACGGGGUGCCCCGGAGCCACGGGGACCCCCUCCCACCCUCUUGUCGUCGUAGCCCCCAUUUCACCGGGGCCUAAGAGCUCUCCAAGGCUUCCGGAAGGGGUUGAAGGCAAGCCUGUGACUGCCGCCAGGGGCCAUGGGGCGCGGCAGGCGGGCCGGCCGCCCUGUACAGAGUGUAGCAAUAGGGAGUCCCUCACCGUCGCAUGGCCCUCCCCAGAGCAUGCCCAACCCAGGAGUCUGCCUCACCAAUUAUCCAACCACCAGGAAGGUCCUCCCUCAGAAAAGUUGAUCUCCACUUCUAUUUAGCUGUAUCUAACCCACUGUGCAAGUCAUCUGGGAGAGGGGCAUCGGUCCCCAGGUGUGUAUAGUUGUGACUUCUCAACAGUCUAGCACCGUGUUGGACACCUCCCCCUCCACCCUCCCAGCUCUGCUGUCAGGCCUACCCCAAAUAGGCACAGGUCCCAUCCCCCGUCUGUCCUCUCCCAGGGACCGUGCCCCCCACUGGAGGGCCCUACACGUAGCCCACGCAUCUCUCAGGCACCGUCAGUGUCACGUUCUUGGAGGCCGAUGGCCUGUCUGUAAAGACUUGAGCUUGUGUGCCACGCUGUGGUCACAUCUCCUGCUUCCUCCCAUCCUGUGUCCGGGCCCAGUUCACAUCGGGAGGGUGUCCACUGUGCUCUUGGCUCUUCUUUUACUUGCCAUGUCUGGCCCAGGGGCACGGAGCUGAGUGGGGACAGGUCUGGGCAGUAGCUGAUCCAGUGCUUGGAAGAAAGAGGGGAUCCGAGGCCAAGGCCAGGACAGACGGAAGGGGACCCAGAACAGACGUCGACCCAGACGCUCGUUACCCACCGGGGGCCACUGCAGGAGUGCCAGUGGGAUGUCACCACACCAGCCCAACACCCAGACCUCCAUCAAGAACGCUGACAGGCGGGAGAGACCGCGUGACCCAGCCGUGUCCCAUCCUCUGGUGGCGUAUUUGAACCAGCCUAACAAUUCCACCUGUCCAACUUGAUGUACAUUUGCUAUAGCCAGCCCGGCACAGCCCGUGUGACCUCUCUGUCCGUGUAUGUGUGUCGUGACCGGCCUUAGUAGUUAGUGUAACUCAAGGUUCGCUGAUGUUCCGUCAUCCAUCAGAGAAAAUAAAAUGGAAACCACAUACACCGCUUUUUAAACGCUUUAAUUUUUUUCCUUGAUUAUGGAAGUGAUUGAUGUACAUAGUAAAUCAUUUUAAAAGUACAGAAAAUAUAAAGACCUUUUUGUUUGUUUGUUUGUUUUGAGCAUCCAUGAUCCCUCCAUGGAGACAUCUAGUAUUUUGGCAUGUUUCCUUGUCUUUUUUAUGUAUUUCUUUUUUCUCAUGCUCGGCAUCGUAUUCUACCAUUUUAGAACCAGUGUUUUUGCCACAGGUCAUUAUGUGGAGACGGAUCCCCCACUUCAUUGAAAGCUCUUUGUAAACAUUAAAUGCUCUUCAUACAUA